AUGGAGGAUAUCACUGACGAAGAUCCUGAGACGGCUUACGACCUACUGGUAACACGCAAGCAAAUGCCCAUUCCCAAGGAGUUCUUGGAUAUCACUUGGGACGGAUCGUCGGCACGCGAAGUCUUGCGAUUGGUGAUUGACAGAAUCAAGAUUCUCGCCAACAGCGAGGAGCCCGAAAAAAUUUGGAAGUGCAGGAGAAGUUCCGGCACUUUGUGGACCAUUGGCGCGUGGCAAACACGGUCAUCGGGAGAGAUCAGCUUUCAAAGAACGUCCGAGAACCUGCGGUUCUCACUGCGACAUCUGCCCGACGUUGGGUUUCCGGAGUAA